UCUAGUUCCAGUUCAGUUCCAAGUGAUUCAAUAUUUUUAUUAAUCAAAUCUUUUUCUUUUUAUUUCAUCUUAGCUGAACCGGAUUUAAAAUGUCCCCGAGAUGAUUUAUUCCUAUUGAGAUUCUUAAGAGUUUGUAAAUUCUAUCCCGAAAGUGCUUUGAAAUUGAUCAAAAACUAUUAUUCGUUUAAAGUUAAACAUGCCGAUGUUUAUAAAGAUUUAAUACCCAGUAAUGAGAAGAAUGUUUUCGAUCAUAAUGUGAUUAUAGUAUUUCCCAAUAGAGAUCAAUUGGGACGUAGAGUAGCGGUAUUAGAAUUGGGCAAGAACUGGAAACACAAGAAGGUUUGCUUGGAUGAGGUCUUCAAGGCUGCUGUUUUAUAUUUGGAAGCUGCCAUGUGGGAGCCUGAAACACAAAUUAAUGGUGUUGUAGUCAUUUUCGAUAUGGACGGCUUGAGUUUACAACAAACUUGGCAAUUUACACCAGCCUUUGCUAAACGUAUUGUGGACUGGUUACAGGAUGCGGUACCGCUACGUAUCAAGGCCAUACAUAUUGUCAAUCAACCCAAAAUCUUUAAUGUAGUAUUUUCUCUAUUCAAACCUUUCUUAAGAGAAAAAUUGCGUAAUCGUAUUAUUUUCCAUGGCACCGAUCGUGAUUCGUUAUAUAAAUAUAUGUCACCCGAAUGUUUACCCACCUGUUAUGGUGGUACACGAAAAGAGCCCCGGAUCGAUGGUGAUCAAUGGUAUAAGUUGUUGGUACAGUGUGAAAAGGAAUAUAAGGCCAUUAAUUCGUAUGGUUAUCAAAAGUAGAGUCAGAAAAGAUGUUUCUUUUGUAAAAAUCUCGCACAUCCAUUAUAUUGCCGUAAAAAAACACCCAUCAUUUAUUGUUAACUAUUAGUUUUUAAGAGAGAUCCAUACUUUUUUUAAGAAAAAUUUUAAUUUGAACAAAAUCUAUGUUUUAGAAUCAACUCUGGCCAGUUGUCCCUAAAGUUCCCUUUUAAUUUUGAACAAAAUUUCUUCUUAAAACUUAUUUAUUAUUAUUUUUUUUUUUUACUUAAUUUCUUUUCUUUUCUUUUUUUUAAUAAAUAAUUUAAUAUGGGGGCUGUAAAUAACAUUUAAGUUCAGGGAUUAAGUUUCAUUAUUACUUGAUUUGAUUUUUUUUAAUAUAUUGUAAUAAGGGAUUGUUUAGUUUGUAAGUUUGAAAUGAUUUUUUAUAUAAAAAAAUUAAAUUUAUUUUGAAAUAAGAAACGCUUAAAAAAUAUUAUGAAGAAAAUUUUGUAUAAUAAAAAGCGCUUAUUUAAGAAAGAAAAUAAAUAUUUUAAUA